AUGUCUCAUUCAGGUGCAGCUGUUUUCAAGAAAACUUCUGGUAUUUUGACGAUAAAUGAAGAUACUUCCCCUGCAGAACUAUUAUGGAGAUCUACUGAUGGAGACAAAUCUCACAAGGUGGUGCUGAACAGCGUGGACAAAUUGCAAGCGACUCCAGCUUCAAGCGAAAAAAUGAUGCUGCGACUUAUAGGCAAAGUGGACGAAUCGAAAAAACGUAAAGAUAAUGAAGGUAAUGAGAUAAAGCCCAGUCCUCCCAACCAUGUAUUUUCGUUCAAUAACCGCACUGUCAUGACAAACAUCAAGGACACACUGCAACUGAUCAUUGCACGUUACAAAGAUGAAGAGGUUCAUGAGGAAAAAAUGCGCAAAGAAAGCAGUGCGGUGCCAGCGUCCUCGGAUUCCGAUCCUCUGAUCAAUACUUCGACAUUAGAUGACUCGCUUUCUAAGGAAAAACUACUCACCAACUUGAAGUUGCAACAGUCACUAUUGAGGGAAAAUAAGUCCUUGAUGCGAACUUUUCAAGAAGCAGUCAUCAAUGCAGGUCUUCCUCCAGACGAAUUCUGGUCCACAAGAGUUCCUCUACUCCGCGCUUUUGCAUUAACCACUUCUCAAAGAAGUGGACCUUAUAACGUGCUUUCAACUAUCAAACCGGUAGCCUCAUCCGACAAUAAGGUGAAUGUUAGCGUCUCGCGCGAAAAGAUCGUGACAAUAUUUCAGACCUACCCCAUCGUCAAGAAAGCCUACGAUGACAGCGUUCCGAAGAAUUUCAAAGAGCAGGAGUUUUGGGCAAGAUUCUUUUCGUCGAAGCUAUUCAGAAAGCUUCGCGGGGAGCGUAUCAUGCAAAGUGACCGUGGUGAUUUGAUCAUCGAUCGCUACCUAACGCUCGAUCAGGAAUUCGAUAGAAAGGACGACAAACUGCUUCAGCAUCCUGUCAAGAAACUUUUAGAUCUGGAAGGUAAUAUCCAAGAUGAUCCAGAACGUAGAGGUAAUAGACCGGAUUUUACAAUGAACCCAGGUGUCGAUGUCAACGGGAAUAGCGACGGAGUCGUUGAUAUCUUGAAAGGUAUGAAUCGAUUGAGUCAAAAAAUGAUAAAAUCAUUGGAAAACGAAUAUUCUAGGAUAAGUCUAAUGGCCGAAGACGUAGACAAGGAGGAGAGGGAAGAACUGUUGUUUAGCGAUCUGGAGGAUGUGGAGGAGGCCAACUAUCUGGAAAUAAAGGUCAAGCAACGGAAAGCCGUCGACAGGGAUUCGCAUAUGAACAAUGGCGGUAAGGUGGGGUCCGCUGUUGAUGGGGGAGAAAUAAAAGAUCAAGUCAACAAUGUUUUGAACGCACUUACUCAAUCUGUUGAUCUGACAGAAGUUAGUAGGGACAAUGGAAGCGUCAAUAACAAAGUGAAUCAAAACGUUAUACGCGCUGUUAAAAUCAAUGCUAAGCAAGCCAAAACCUCCAAUGUCGGAUCCGUGCUUGGAGCCACAACAGGACUCACUUCUGUGGGCGAUGCACCAGAAGUGAAGACGCUGCUGCCCUCGGAAUUGCUUGAAAGUUGUCGAGUACUUCAUAGCACUUGUUGUGAGUUUUUGAAGCACUUUUACAUACAUUUUCAGAGCGGUGAGGCACGACAGGCCGCGGCUGUGAAAAAACUCUACAAUUACUUGAAACAGUGCUUGGACAAGAUAAGGUUACUUUUGGCUCAGGUAGAAAAAGAAGAAAGCAAUGCCCGUGACGGUUUGGUGAAUCAUUGCAAAGCUUAUUUGAAAACGGUCUUGGAUUCUCUAUACUUGGCAAUAGAAAAAUAUGAGACUGCUGUUGCCGAAGCGGAAAAUGCGAAAACCAGGAAAAUCGCAUAA